AUGCUUUUGACCACUUUGCUUGACUCCGUUCCUAUUUUUCCUAUCCGUCUUCAAAACACUACAGGUUCUAUUUAUGUAGCUAAUGUGACCAAGCAUACGACUGGUAGAUCAUUAUUGAGUAACUUUUUAGAGUGUGUUGGACCGCUCAUGAUCCAGUCCUGUAAGCUUUUGUACCAUGAUAAGGACAUACAGCUUACCGAUACACUUGAAGAGCUAGGAAUAAAGGAGGCAGUAGAUAGUAUCUGUAAAAAUUCAAUACAACUUUCUUGGUCGGAUUUUAAUUCUACACCAACUGAAGAAAGAAGUUCAAUGAUAAUCAACCUGAAAACUCCUACUGAAAGAAUAGAACUAAAAGUACGUUGGAGCGAUACAAUUAUUCAGAUUAAAGAGAUGAUACGGGAUCUAAAAGGAAUUUCCCCUGAAGAUCAACGCAUUAAUUUUAAUGGCAUUGAAUUAAAAAUUUCUUCUAAUACCCUAUCAUAUUACAACAUCCAAAAUGAAUCUACAUUGCUUCUAGAAUUUAAUGAAAUUAUUAUUUAUUUGAAAACAAAUACUGGAAAGACCAUAGAGCUUAAUCCAAUGUCUAGUUAUAAUAUUCGCGAUGUUAAAUUAAUGAUUCAGGAUAAAGAAAACAUCUCCGUUGUCCAACAAUGUAUUAAUUUUAAUGGAAAACAACUAGAGAUUAUCUUAACCUUAAGUAUUGCAAAAUUCACAAAGGAGUUAAAAGCAAGGAGAGAUCACACUAUUAAAGAGGUUAAGCAAAUGAUUCAAGAUAAAGAAGGCAUUUCUUCUGACCAACAAUGUCUUUAUUUUAAGGAUCAAUUGUAUGAUAAUCACACCUUGUCAUACUACAAAAUCGAAGAAAAGUCUACGUUGAAUUUAGAAUAUGAUGAAAGAAUAAUAAUGAUCAAUGUAAAAUUAGCGGACAGAAAAAUCAUUAAGCUGGGAGUGAAUAAAAAUUACACUAUCGAACGAGUUAUGCACAUGAUCAAAGAUAAAGAAAACAUUUCCUCUUUUCAAGGAACGUAUUUUUCUAUUAAUAACGGAGGAAUGUUACGUUAUAAUGACAGUGUUUCUUCGGUGACCUUAGCAAAUCACAAAAUUAAUGAUGAGUCCACAUUUAGUUUUAUUCAAUAUAAACCAUAUUCUUAUGGACAGAUAUUCGUGAAAACACUAACCGGAAAAACAAUAACCUUAGAUGUACAGUCGAGUGACUCCAUUGAUCAAGUUAAACAAAAGAUCCAGGACAAGGAAGGAAUUCUACCUGAUCAGCAACGCCUCAUUUUUGCUGGCAUUCAAUUAGAUGAUGGGCGUACCGUGUCAGAUUAUUAUAUCCCAAGAGAGUCUACGCUUCAUCUCGUGCUUAGAUUACGUGGUGGCAUGUUUCAAGAAACCAGUGGUCGCAAAGAAUUUGAUGCAUUGCCGCUGCUUACUAAAUAUAUGCUAACUCCUGAAGAACGUCUACAAAACGGAAUUCAUGCUGGCAUUCUUUGUAAUUAUUGCGAUAUAAAUGUUCCGAAUGCUCUGACUAUGACUUAUCCAAAGGAAGUUCCAAAUAGUGCUUCUAUUGCUUCUGUUACUAUCUCUCCAAUAUUACCAGAUACGAAAGAGAAGUUGUUAGCUCUGCUACGUGAAGAAGAGCGGCGAAGGUUUUCGCAUGAAAUGCAAGCAAAAUAUUUUAAUGCUGGGAAUGAUCCUACGUGUGGUAAGGAUUGGAUGGAUGUUACUGAUCAAAUGCAAUAUGAGUUGGUUCGAGACUUUGGAUACUCAGAUGAGGCAGUAGAAUUGUUGCGACGUGCACCACAGCUUUAUCCAGAUGAUCCUGAAUUCCGUACAACUCAAGUAUAUGUUCGCAAUAAUAUUGCUAAUAUCGGGAAUCUAACUGAAGGAAUGCCAGCACCAGAUUGUCCCUUGGUUCCACUAGAUUCUUCAAUUUUUACAUCAUUAAUUGGUAACGGUAAUACCAAUUCACCAACAUUAGUUCAUUUACGUUCACUUUGUAAAUCAGGACGGCCUCUUGUUCUUCUUGAUUUUUAUAUGAUUCAAAUUAAAGAAGCACAUGCUUCUGAUGUUUGGCCCAUUGGUAACAUUGUAAAUGUCAAGGAGCAUCGUACAUUGUCUGAUCGUUUAGCUGCUGCACGUCAGAUGAUUAAAAAUACUCAAUUGGAAAUUCCUGUACUAACAGAUACAAUGGAUGAUAAUUUCUUAAAAUUGUAUUCACCAUGGCCAUUCCGUUUUUUUGUUGUUGUAGAUGGUAUUUUAAAACUUGUUGGAAUGCCAAAAGAAGCACGUUAUGAUACAACAGAUUUAGUUGAAUGCUUAAAUGGUCUUUUAUGUG